AAAUUUUGCUUUCCCGUAGAGUUUUUUUUGUUGAAUCUCUCCGCAAUCAAACUACCCUUGCUUUCCCAUUGAAGGGAUGUAAUUGCAUGAUAAAUUUUUGCCCUAAAUUGAUUUCUCUCGGUUGCCUAAAUUUUUGCCCUCCGCCUCUCUCGGCCACUCUCCUCUCCUCUGCUCCCUACCUCCGCCAUCCCAUUGCCCCUACUCCUUCCCUCUCAUCAUCAGGUUUAGGUUCGUCAAAACCAGAAAAUGGAACAACAUGACAUCGAAAAGUACGAGUUCGGAUUCUCCAAAAAUUAUUUCUUAGCAAACGAAUUAGGCAAUUCCGGUAAGAAAUCCAGCCGCAUGCUCGCAGAUAUCGAUGUCGUCGAUGAACAGGAGCUAAGGGAAGCCCUCGCCCAUCUCCCCAACAUUUCUAAUUUCCAAACUGGUGUCUGACGAAAAUUAGGGCUCUGAGUCUGAGAGAGACCUUAGAUUUGGGGCAGUAUUCGCAGCAUCUGCAGUUAUUCUUUCUUCGAUUUCAGCGAUCAGCAGCAAAUGUCGCCUCCUCCUGGACCCUACUCCGGUACUAGCACUCUCGCCUUGGUGGCUCGUGCUUCAGCCUUCACGUUUGGAGUCGUCUAUGGAAAUUUGAAGCUUAAGUAUCUUAAGGCCAGAAUAUUGCAAAACCCAUUCUGGCUACGUAUCCUUCUCAAAUGUCUCAAAUGGCCCUGCUUCUGAUCAUUCCGUUGUGAAGAUAUGAAGUAGGAGUCAUGUGUUUGUGCAUGACUAUCAGAGGCCUACUUACAAAUCCUGGGGUGACGUGACUCAAUACUAUAAGAGAAGAAAGGAAGCUUAUCGUGCUGAACGGACUUCUAGUUUGCCUAGUUUGACAGAUGGAAGUGAUCACAAAUUUAGACAACAAAGCACUGAUAAUGACUUAUCUUGUCCAUCUACUAGUAAUUCACCUCUCUCGUUCAGAAAUGUUCAUGAUUCAGCUUGUUCUUCAGGAAACCUUAGCCUACCGAAUAUCGUAAGUGUGAAUACAAUUGCACCAGAUCGUGAGAUGAAGGACAACUUUUCAAGUAGCAGACAGUCUUAUACAUCAAAUAGCCAACAAGCAGAUAUACACUGGAAAAUCUCUCCGAGGACAAUGCAGUUACCUCCAAAGUCUUCCCAACCUAAAAUUUCCCUGCCAAAAUUAUUCGAAGAACAGAAAGAAAAGUAUCCCUCAAUUGAUAAAGGCAGUGCUCAUAAUGUAACAAAAAGGGAGGCUGCUGCUGAAAAGUCUGUUGGUGUUGACAAAAUAAAUGGAACCCCCACAGGAAAAGGAUCUGUGGAACCAGAAGCUAUUAUCCAGUCAAAUCUUCGUGAGAGGCUUGGUUGCAUUUAUGACAAGGUUCUUGUGGUUGAUACUGUCUCUGCUGCAAAGGAAGUAGUUGGUAUGCUCACAAAUCAAUACAGGCAUAUGGUCCAUGCAUGUGACACGGAAGUAUCAAAGAUUGAUGUUAAGUAGGAAACACCAGUUGAUCAUGGAGAAAUUGUAUGCUGCAGUAUUUAUUGUGGAUCGGAAGCGAAUUUUGGAAAUGGCAAGUCUUGUAUCUGGGUAGAUCUUCUUGAUGAGGACGGGAGGAAUCUUUUGGCUGAAUUUGCUCCUUUUUUUGAAGACCCGUCAAUUAAAAAGGUGUGGCACAACUAUAGCUUUGAUAACCAUGUUAUAGCGAAUUAUGGACUUAAACUUGCUGGCUUCCAUGCUGAUACAAUGCACAUGGCCCGAUUGUGGAAUUCAUCAAGAAGAUUAGAAGGUGGGUAUUCUCUGGAAGUCCUUACCGUGAUUAUUCUGUCAUGUCCGAUGCUAGGUUAUGCCUUGGUGAAGAGUUGAUUGGUAAGGUGUCAAUGCAAAACCAUCUUUGG